GCAGCCUAUAAAAGGCGCUGGGUGAACAGACUGCAGUCUCCGUAGCUGACAGAGAGCUUCACCUGAACUGCACCGCUCCUCCAACAAGACGCCGCUGCUAACAUGGCUCUGAACACACUGCUCGCCACCUUUUUGUGCACCAUCGUCCUUCCCAUCCUGCUGUUUCUGGUGGCGCUGAAGCUGUGGGAGGUUUACAUGAUCCGAGGCAGAGACCAGAGCUGCCCCAGCCCGCUGCCCCCCGGGUCCAUGGGCUUACCCUUCAUUGGAGAGACGCUGCAGCUCAUUCUCCAGAGGAGAAAGUUUCUGCGGAUGAAGCGGCAGAAGUACGGUUACAUCUACCGCACACACCUCUUCGGGAAUCCCACGGUGCGCGUGACCGGAGCGGAUAACGUCAGGCAGAUUCUGCUGGGGGAGCACAGGCUCGUGUCCGUGCAGUGGCCCGCCUCUGUGCGCACUAUCCUGGGCUCGGAUACACUGUCUAACGUGCACGGAGCGCAACACAAGACUAAGAAAAAGGCCAUCAUGCGAGCUUUCUCCACCGAGGCUCUGGAGCUCUAUGUCCCCGUCAUUCAGGAGGAGGUGCGGGCUGCAGUGAGGGAGUGGGUGGCCAAGGACUCCUGCAUACUGGUCUACCCAGAGAUGAAGCGGCUGAUGUUCCGCAUAGCCAUGAGGAUCCUCCUGGGCUUUGAGCCGGAGCAGAUCAAGACGGACGAGCAGCAGCUGGUGGAAGCUUUCGAGGAAAUGAUCAAAAAUCUGUUCUCUCUGCCCAUCGACGUGCCUUUCAGUGGACUGUACAGAGGUCUGAAGGCAAGGAACUUCAUCCACUCUAAGAUAGAAGAGAACAUCAAGAAGAAGGUUCAGGAGUCAGACAAGGAGUCCAAACACAGAGACGCUCUGCAGCAGCUCAUAGACAACAGCAAGAAGAACGGGGAACCAUUCAGCAUGCAGGCCAUUAAGGAAUCUGCUACAGAGCUGUUGUUUGGAGGCCAUGAAACCACAGCCAGCACAGCCACCUCUCUGGUCAUGUUCUUGGGCCUGAACCCUGAAGUUGUGGAUAAACUGAGGCAGGAACUGAUGGACAAGGAGGAGCAGGGGAUGGACCUCCACAGUCUGAACAUUGAGUCCUUGGAGCAGUUAAAAUACACAGGCUGUGUCAUUAAAGAGACUCUACGGAUCAACCCUCCUGUUCCUGGAGGCUUCAGAGUGGCCCUCAAGACCUUUGAACUCAAUGGUUACCAAAUUCCCAAAGGCUGGAAUGUCAUCUACAGCAUCUGUGACACCCAUGAUGUGGCAGAGAUCUUCCCCAACAAGGAAGACUUCCAGCCAGAGCGCUUCAUGACCAAACCCUCGGCCGACUCCUCCAGAUUCCAGUACAUCCCGUUCGGAGGGGGCUCCAGGAUGUGUGUGGGGAAAGAGUUUGCCAAGGUUCUGCUGAAGAUCUUCCUAGUGGAAGUGGUCACAAAGUGUCACUGGACUCUUUUAAAUGGGCCACCCACCAUGAAAACAGGACCUACUGUCUAUCCUGUGGACAAUCUGCCAACCAAAUUUACCAGCUAUGAACAAAAUUAAACCGAGAUAAUGAUUAGUUUCCUAAAGCCAGUGUAGAGUGAAUUAUGAGGUCUCCCAAAAGUCUCAGAUUAGCUGUUUUACCUCCAAAUCCACAGGAAACUACAGUAAAUUAUAGCUACUUGGGGAAUUUUUGGAAAUUCCCAGUGCUCUAAAAAGAAACUGAUCAAAGGCCACAUUUUCACGUUAUGUUCGUUAUCCUGAUCUUUUGGACUUAUGUCAAUGUAGAUUUUAUAUCAUGACAUGAAUUGUACAUAUUGUAGAUGACUCAAGAACGUAUUUUACAUUUUAUAUGAUGUUAAUACAUUGGAUUUGUAUAUGAUUUGUUUGAACAAACUAAACGAGAGGCACUAUACCCAGACAUGGAACACUUUAAUCAGCUCAGAGGUGUAUCUAUAGGAUUAUGUACAUAUGUAAUGUAGAGUCUGUUUAUAUAACUUUUGUAUCUUACACCAACCUAUUUAAGUGAUUUAUGUAAUACUGUUUGGGCUUUUUAUUUAAUAAAACUGUUUUGC